CAAAACUGUAAAUUUCAGAUCUCCAUUUCAAAACCAAUUCAAAAUCCCGCCCUUCAUACUGUAAAAUUCAAACCCCAAAACUUUAAUCCAAAUCUUUUCACUAAUUUCAAAUUCAAAAUUAAAUUUUAACCCCAAAAUCAUAUUUUAGCAUGUGAUUUCUGAACUACCGCUAUCCAUUACUUCCCCACUCUCUACUUGGCCUCUUUUUUUCUCUGCUUUUUAAUUUCUUUUUUUUGAUUUUUUUGUUUUUGUUUUUCUCUCUCCUACUUUCUCCAUAUUCAUUGACUUACAGAGCUACUAAACCCAAUCAUUUUGCCAAGUUUUGAAGUAAAGAAGACUCAACAAUUUCAAAUCUGGGUAUUUGUAGCUACACAUUAUGCAUCCAUCAAGAGAUAGAUUGCCAAGACCUGUUGACAUAUCCUCAUUACUGCAAAAUGCUGAACGCCAAGUUGAUCUCGUAGUAGACGAACCCGGGUUACGUUGGAUGGGAUUAUCAACACAAAAUGCAUCAACAGGACAGAGUAGUGGUGAUAAUAUUAAAUCGAACAAGCAAAGGGCUGGACUACAAAGAAUACGACAUCGUCGUCGGUAUAUGAAUAGAUCAUUGGUUGGUAAAGAAAAUCAAAGGCCAAGGAGUGUAAAAAAAGGCCAUGGAAGCAGUAUUUUGCCUUCUUGGUACCCAAGGGUACCUCUAAGGGAUAUUACUGCUAUUGUUAGGGCUAUUGAGAGGAAAAGGGCCGAACUACGUGACCAUCAAACGUUAGAAACUCCUCAACAAGAAGCUGAGGCUUCAACAUCCAACAGUCAACCUGAUGAGAAGAACAUCUCAACACCCAAUCCUGAAGCAUGUAAAGUUAGGGAUAGAAAUGCUGAUCAUAAAGGGAAAGAAACUGCUGACAUCUUCACUCCGCGGAAGAGAUUACUCGGCUCAAUUGAUAAGGUGAGGCAUAUUUGGUUGGAAGAUCAGCGGAAACUAGAGAAGACACCAGCUGCUAAAAAGGCAGAGAGGCAGAAAAUGGUGCGCGUUCUAAUGUCAAUGCGAUGAAAUGAUAACGCCCAAGGAGAUUCAAGGACAUGGGAUGUUAGCAAGAGACUUCCGGCAAUCGGUGAUAAUAAUUGCCUGGCUAAGUUAUAUGCACAGAUUUAGAGUGCAGAAUUCAUUGCUGCAAAUAGGAGUCCUGGUUACUGGUUAGCCUCUGCUAACAAUUUUGGUACAUUCAGGCUCUACUUUUAACUUAUCAAGACCAUACGCUAAUUUAUGGUUGUAGUGUAGGACUAUUAGCUCAACUCUUCAUGUACAUAACUGGUAAAAACAAUGCCUUUUCUAAGGCUUUUAUUGCAUCUGCAUGUAUAUUAUUAUGUUUUUGUUUAUUA